AUGCCACACUGUAAAAUGACCACGAUGCGAAACCUAUUUAAAGACGUCGACUCCUUCGGAAAGCAGUCAUCCACAGCUACAACAGCGACAUCGGCGGUGCUCCGUACGAUGAGUUUGACUACAGUAGUGUCCGGCGUUGCCGGCGUAGCCGCCAUAGCUACCACCUUCAGCAUCAUCAUAGUGGGCUAUCUUAUCAACGACAUCAACAACUUCUAUGACGAUGCCAUCGAGGAACUCGCCGAUUUCAAGGAUAUGGCUAACUCUGCGUGGCACGAGAUGAGGCCUGCACCACAAGAUGCUUUCCGUCAUGCACGUUCCAUCGCACGCCAACGUCGUCAACCGUACCCAGCACAUUGCAACUGCGGACCACAAGCAGGAGGCUGCCCUGCCGGACCACCAGGACCUCCUGGUCCCCCAGGGCUGCCUGGAGAAGCCGGACUUCCAGGACAGGCAGGCAAAAAAGGAAAUGACGGUAUUGCGAUCUCAGGAGGAGGUGGAGCAGGAGGAUGCGUCAAGUGCCCUGUAGGCCCUCCAGGGCCGCCUGGCCCAGAGGGACCUCCUGGACCUCCGGGACCCAAUGGAAUGCCCGGUGCUGGAGUCUCUGCUCCAGGAGUUGGAAUGCCUGGACCUCCAGGACCACCAGGAGAUGCUGGACCACCCGGAGCACCAGGAGAACCUGGUGCACCAGGACAUCCUGGAGCAGAUGGAAAGAAAGGAGCUGGACUGCCAGGACCUCCUGGGCCACCAGGACCAGCGGGACCACCAGGACCUGCUGGUGCAGAUGGAGAAGGAGGAGCCGGUGCGAAUGCUGGACCACCCGGACCUGCCGGCCCACCAGGAAAGCCUGGACCACCUGGACCCGAUGGCGCACCAGGACAAGCUGGAGGCGAAGGAGCACCUGGCAGUGAUGCCGCCUACUGUCCAUGCCCUGCUAGAAGCACUGUGUUAGCGCUGAGAAAGAGCGCUGCAGUUGAGUCAUACUCAGCUACUGAGCCAGCCAAAGAUCACAAACACAGUGCUAAGGCGAGACGAGUUUGA